UGUUCCCUAAAAGCAACUUUUGUCUAUAUACCAUAAUCACUUGAAUGCAACAAGGGAUCGCAUGUAUUUAGAAAUUCGGACCUUCAGUCUGUAAGUGAAUGCGUCGUGAGCCCUGAUUGGCUGCUAGUCAGAGCCCAACCAGAGUUCAGCUCCACUGUACUUGUCAAAGGAAAAAGGAAGAAACAGGAGCGGAGUGUUGUCGCUGGGUCGAAAACAGUUCACCUUCAGGGACCGCACGAAAGACACUCCGCUGACUGAGAGGAAGCUUCUAGUUUGACAGCUAAAAAUACGUUAUUUUGAUAAAGCUAAAACAGAGGGGCUCUGCGUCGGUGCUCCAGCGAUUCUUGCUGGUUUUCCUCUUGUAACCUACUGCAGGAGUGAGCUAGCUUAGCCUUUUAGCUUAGCAGGGUGCCACUCACCCGUGUCUGUGUCUGUAGGAUUUUACCUUCUGGAGCAAAUAUAUUCUCUCCGAGCUGCACCAGAAGCAACCUGGGCUUUACUUAACAGACGCAACUGCAUGUAUCGCCUCCAAAGUCGGCCUUUCCACGCACAGUUUUAACAAAACGGCAGCAAACAUCAACCUGCUAAACAAGGAAGUUUGAAUGAACUUUGCUGAUAAGUAGUACCCAGCUCGCCUUUAGGUUGGCUGCACUGGUUAACUGUGCUGCUUGAAGGGUGUCUGUGCAGCCUUCUCGUCCGUCGUACAGUGUUGAUAUUAUCUGUAAGACCUUCUGGCCGUGUAGUCCAUAUAUCGAUCGCUAUCAGGCGUAUAGUCAGUGUCGUGUAGUGUAGUGUGCUUCGCUAUCACGUCUGCUAACUUGAAGACAUUUCAGAGAUGAUUCCCGACAAAGCGCCGAAGGAAGGCGUCUUUCUCGGGUCUCACGACUUGAAGAAAGAGGCUCACGUCCCCAGCUUUGAGAAAUAUAAAGAACUCUACAUGAAGUCGAUAGAGAAUCCAGAUGAGUUCUGGGGAGACAUUGCCAAAGAUUUCUUCUGGAAGAACAAACACACAGGUCAGUUCCUUGACUACAACUUUGAUGUGACCAGAGGAGAAAUCUUUGUCAAGUGUAUGGAAGGAGCCUCCACCAACAUCUGCUACAAUCUCCUCGACCGCAAUGUCCAUGAGAGGAAACUCGGUGAUAAAGUGGCCUUCUACUGGGAAGGCAAUGAGCCUGGCGAUCAGUUGACGGUGACCUACAGGGAGCUGCUGCAGAGGGUCUGUCAGUUUGCCAAUGUCCUGAAGUCUCAGGGAGUGAAGAAAGGUGAUCAUGUGUCCAUUUACAUGCCCAUGGUGGUUGAACUAGUGGUAGCCAUGUUGGCCUGUGCCCGCAUUGGAGCUGUUCACUCUAUAGUGUUUGCAGGUUUCUCUGCUGAAUCCCUGUGUGAGAGGAUCCUUGACUCCCAGUGUUCACUGCUCAUCACAGCAGAUGGUUUUUAUCGAGGAGAUAAACUGAUCAGCCUGAAGCUCUUAGCUGAUGAAGCACUGCAGAAAUGCAGAGACAAGGGUUUCCCAGUUGAGAAGUGUAUUAUGCUGAAGCACUUGUCCAAAGAAACAGAAGAGACUCAUCUGGGCUCUCAGUCUCCUCCCGCCAAGCGAUGCUGUCCUGAUCUACAGCAGGAAAAACAGACAGGAAGAGUAAAGAAAACACGUCCUGUUCCCCAGAUCCCAUGGAACCCCAAGGUGGACUUGUGUUGGUAUACACUGGUACGUGGAGUUUCAGAUGAAUGUGAACCAGAGUGGUGUGAGUCUGAAGAUCCUCUCUUUAUCCUCUACACCAGCGGUUCAACUGGCAGACCAAAAGGAGUUCUUCACACAGUCAGCGGUUACAUGCUCUACACUGCUGUCUCCUUCAAACUGGUGUUUGACUAUCAGCCUGAUGACAUCUACUGGUGCACAGCAGAUAUUGGUUGGAUCACCGGACACUCCUACAUCACCUACGGACCACUGGCUAAUGGCGCCACCAGUGUCCUGUUUGAGGGCCUGCCCACCUACCCAGAUGUGAGCCGCAUGUGGGAAAUUGUGGACAAAUAUCAUGUGACGAAGUUCUACACAGCUCCAACUGCCAUCAGGUUGCUGAUGAAGUAUGGCAGCGGGCCGGUGCAGAAGUAUAAGCGAGAGUCUCUGAAGAUUUUGGGGACAGUGGGAGAGCCCAUCAACCCUGAGGCCUGGCAGUGGUACUACACUGUGGUGGGAGAGAAGAGAUGUCCCAUUGUCGACACCUUCUGGCAGACAGAAACUGGUGGACAUGUAUUAACUCCUCUACCUGCAGCCACACCCAUGAAACCUGGAUCUGCCACGUUCCCAUUCUUUGGAGUGGUGCCAGCCAUCUUGAAUGAGUCUGGAGAGGAGCUGGAGGGGCCAAGUGAAGGAUACCUGGUGUUCAAACAGCCAUGGCCUGGUGUGAUGAGGACUGUGUACGGAAACCAUCAGAGAUUUGAAGCCACCUACUUCAAGAAGUUCCCCGGAUACUACGUCACAGGAGAUGGUUGCCGUAGAGACAAAGAUGGCUACUAUUGGAUAACAGGGAGGAUAGAUGACAUGCUGAAUGUCUCAGGUCACUUGCUGAGUACAGCAGAGGUGGAGUCAGCACUAGGAGAGCACGAGGCCAUCGCUGAAGCUGCUGUUGUGGGCAGACCUCAUCCUGUCAAAGGAGAAAGUCUCUACUGCUUUGUAACUCUCAAUGAUGGAGUGACGUACAACCAGACGCUGGAAGCAGAACUAAAAAAACGAGUGAGGCAGAGGAUCGGGGCUAUUGCCACACCAGACUACAUCCAGAAUGCUCCAGGGCUCCCCAAGACCCGAUCUGGAAAGAUCAUGCGGCGGGUGCUCCGCAAAAUCGCCUGUGGUGAACGAGACCUGGGUGAUAUCUCCACACUAGCUGACUGCUCAGUCAUUGAGGAGCUCUUCCAAAACAGAUGCUGCACUGCCAUUUGAUGGCCUCCAAGAUCCUCGGAGGGAGGCUCUGACUUCAGCCACAUGCCAGUACCUAUAUAAACCCAACCAGGGUAGAAGGAUGAGGAGAAAUUUCAAGAAAUUGGUCUUGUCCAGUAAAAGAAACCUUGAGCUCCUGAUGAGGAUGAUUGGUGGGCAGCAGAGCCUGUAUUUAAAAUCCCACAGUUUUUUUUUGUUUUGUUAUUUUUUACAUGUAAUUAAAAUCAGCAGUUGGUAAGACACACAAUAUCUGUCUGGUUACCAGUAAAUGAUUCCCAGUUCUGUAACAGUAAUAAUAACUGAUUUUUAACAAAAAACAAUGUCUAGAAAUUAAUGAGUAAAGCAGUCUGCAAGCUUAAUGUGUUCCAGAAGAGACAGUUGCUGCUCUUAAAAACAAAUGGCAGUGGUGUGUUUGAGAUCAAGAAGCCAGAGGUUGUUUGGAGGUAGCGUUGUCCUGCCGUGGAACUGUGUGGAAGAGGUAGAGCUGGGUAAGACUUAAUUUAGUUGAAACCCAGUAUUUUAGCCAAUAAUACACAGCAAUAUUUGCUAUUUAACCACUUAAUAAAUUUAUUGAUUUGCUGCAACACAAAAAAUAGAUUUUCUGUAAUUAAAGGAUGAAUUUCUGUGGGGAAUAAUGUUCAUGUAACACGCCAGCUGUAGUCAUAACAAUUUGUCCUCUCCCCUCACUUGAUGCCAUAGUACUGUUAUGUACACUGAUGAUUAGCAAAAUCAGAGAAUGCUCAACAUUUCUCCUAGUUAUAAUUUUUCUAACUGUGUAGAUUUAUUUUUUUUCACUUUAGUUUGAUAACAUUUUGAUGUGGGCUUUGCUGGUUAUUUGUGUAUGUGUGUGCAUCCUUCUAUGCUCUUUUUCUUCUCUUUUUUUUUCUUUUUUAGUUGUAGAAAAAUGAUCAGGUGCUUCUGUCAGUCUGGUUGAAACUGGGAAAGUGUGUUCAGCCUCAUGUAGCUCAGGCACAACGAUCAGCAGCCAGCACCACUCAAAAAAGCUCCAAACCAGCAUCAGGUCAUAUGUUAAAAAAAAAACUGGGUUUCCGCUUUCGGAACCUAAUGAGCGGUACACCCUGUGCUUCCCUUAACUGUCACCCAGUAUAACCUCAUGGGUUGAUGUAGACUGUUCUGCUUAGCUUUUCCACUGUUUUUUCCUCCUCUCAUGGUCCCUGUUUAGAUUAGGUCAGUGUUGCGCUUCUCACACACUCACACACACAGAGCAGAAUGUGAUUCAAGGAUCACAUUGCUCCUUAAGCCGGCCCCACAGUACAGGAUAAUUAGCCCGAUUUUGGGCCCGAGUUGCCCUUUCCAGCAAUCAUGGGGACAUUCCCCAUCGUGAAGCCACUCAGAACCAAUUCUCGGUCAAAGUGAUCCUGUAGCGUUAGGUAUUGUUAUACAUCUGACAGGAUCGGAGGGCCCCUGAUCUUGAAGCAUAAGUAUCAAGAAUGUUUGGUAUUUUUGACUUGGAAUCCUGUAAUGUGAGGGCAACAACAAUUGAAUCCUGACCAGACACCUGCAACAUCCAGUGACAGAGAGCUGGCCGGGAAGCGUCCGUCACAACCACUUAUAACAUUGGCUUGGACUAGCCUCCUCGUUUCUUUAUUUCCCACUCACCUCCAGCUUGUGCAAAAUGUGUAAGCUGAGUUGAUUUUUUCCUUCUCAGCCAAGACCCCCCACCCCCCCACCCCAAAUUAAACUGUUUUUUCUCUGCGCAAAACAUAGCACACACGAGUGCUACUGCUUGACGGCAAAUGUCCACCUCCAUGUCACGUUUGAUCACAAAGGUUUCUGUGAGAUCCCUGGUCCCCAGAAUCGGCGUCUCUGAAAUCGUUUAUUAAAAAUUGGCAAGUGUGUGGCCCUGCCUCUUGACAGAAUCGUCUUGUGUGUUUGCUCAGAUGUUGCUAAGAUUAAAAUGUGAAAAAAUCAGUUAAAGCUGUGUGUCUCUCACAUUUUUAAAAUUGGCUAAGAUUAUAAAAUCCUCUAGUGUCGGCCCAGCCAGUAACACAGACUGUAUGAGCAGUUUAUCAAACAGCAGAACACAGAAAUGUGAUGUCUUCAGUGCUUUUGCCACUCACUGAACUCCCUGUUUUACCUCUAAACCAACAAGUUAAGUCCUUUGUCAUUUUACCUCUAACCCAGUGAAUGUGUUUACACGCCAUGAUUAUAAUGCUAAUAGCUAAUAGUUGAGGUGUGAAGACACUGACAUUUAACCAGUUGUGGGCGACAGCUCUGCACUCCCCCAUCCUCAGCCCCCCAUUACUGGAACUUGAUUUUAGUGCUACCUCCUCACUUCCAAAGUGAGGACAAGUGGAGGGCAGUGGAAACAAAUGCUAAACCCGAGAUGAGCAUUAACAUGGCUCAACAUGUUUGGUAGGCUCCUAUGAUGGAAAAACCCUUAAGCUGUGCCGUGCUUUUCCCAGUCUUCUCAACUUCAUAAAUAGUAUAGUGUGUCUAGGCUCCACAUUAUAUUAUUAUAUCAAACUUUACUGUGUAGCCAAGGUGCCAGAGUCAAGCCCAAAGAGCUGUUAUUAUGUACAAGCGUGAUUUGAAUUUAGUAAAACAAUCAACAGUUUUUGGGGAUGAGUUUUUUUUAUUUUCAAGCAAACACAUUCUGUGCUGAUAGACGUAACUAAGCUAAAACCAACUAAACAUCUGAACCAGGAAUUAAUUUGGUUUUUGGAGAGUUUCUAAUCUUGGUCUCCUUUGCAGAUGUCUGCAAGUGUAAUUUGAGGGACACAAACUACAAACAGCAACUCAUUGAGAGUUCAUCAUCAUUUUAUCUUGUUUUAAAUUGUCUGUCACCUUGUGCCAACCUAAGUAACAGCAGAGCUGGAUGUAUCAAAUUAAUAACUGUAUCUUAUAUAAAAAAGAGAAGAAAGAAGUGCUUUUUUAUUCCUAAGCAUUUUUAUCUGUAUAGUAAUUGGGGUGAAGGAAAAGGUUUUGCUUUUUUCUCUCUGUUCAUCUUCAUUUUGUGUUGUUUUGAUUUCCCUGUUUGUAUCAAAGUGUAUGCAAUGACAGUAAAUGGACAUCACUACUGCCUCUCAUCCUG